UUGAUCAUGUGACUCUUCUUGCAAAACACGGUGUUCUCCAUCACGUGAUUCCUGCAGGUUCAUUCCACUCGGGUCGUCUAAUCGAGCGCUCCCCCUCCGGACUCCGGACAUGGGGACUUUAACGGUGUGCUUCCUGCUGGUGUCGGUCCUGGUGAUCGGAACCAGCGGGACCAGCGGGACCAGAGGCAUCAAGUACGAGCCCAACUGGAAGUCGAUCGAUUCCCGGCCACUUCCGGAGUGGUUCGACCAGGUGAAGGUCGGGAUCUUCAUCCACUGGGGGGUUUUCUCUGUGCCCAGCUUCGGCAGCGAGUGGUUCUGGUGGUACUGGCAGGGGAGAAAACUGAAGCCAUACGUUGACUUCAUGCAGAAGAAUUAUCCUCCGGACUUCAAGUACCAAGACUUCGCUUCGCAGUUCACCGCCGAGUUCUUCGAUCCCAAAGAGUGGACGGACAUCUUUGCCGCCUCGGGGGCGAAGUACAUCGUCCUGACCACGAAACACCAUGAAGGUUUCACACUAUGGGGCUCGAAAACCUCCUGGAACUGGAAUGCAGUGGAUGUUGGACCCAAAAGAGACCUGGUGGAGGAAAUGGCGAGCGCCCUCCGCGCUAACAGUGACCUUCGUUUAGGGCUGUACCACUCCCUGUUCGAGUGGUUUAAUCCCAUCUAUGAGCAGGACGCUGCCAACAAAUUCAAAACAAACUUCUUCCCAACCAGUAAAACUCUGCCCGAGCUUUAUGAGCUCAUCGUCAAGUACAAACCAGAGCUGCUGUGGUCCGAUGGGGACGGGGAUGCACCUGACACAUACUGGAACAGCACUGGUUUCUUAGCCUGGCUCUAUAACGACAGUCCAGUGCGAGACACCGUGGUGACGAACGAUCGGUGGGGUUACGGCACCAUCUGCAACCACGGUGGAUAUUACACCUGUAAUGAUCGCUACCAGCCGGGACACCUGCUCAAACACAAAUGGGAGAACUGCAUGAGCGUUGACACAAAGUCCUGGGGUUACAGACGCAAUGCUCCGCUCAGCGACUUCCUCACCAUAGAGCAGCUCGUGGCGACGUUAGUAGAGACUGUGUCCUGCGGGGGAAACCUGCUGAUGAACGUCGGUCCCACACACGACGGCAGAAUCUCCCCGAUCUUUGAGGAGCGCCUGAGGCAGAUGGGUCAGUGGCUGAAGGUGAACGGGGAGGCCAUCUACAACACGACCGCGUGGAGAGUCCAGAAAGACAACGGCACCGCAAACGUCUGGUACACAGCCAGACCACAGGAAAAGGCCGUCUUUGCCAUGUUUCUGGAUUGGCCCAGUAAUGGAUCUGUGAUUCUACAUGAUCCUGUGGUCAAACAAGGACUGACUCAGGUGGUGCUGGUCGGCCACGGCUCGGUGCAGUGGGAGCCCGUGAAGCCCAGCGGACUGCGGGCCCUCCUGCCCUCGCUGGCCUUCAUGCCGGGCCAGUGGGCCUGGACGCUGAGGCUGACAGGUGCCACUUAAAGGGAAACCAGAUCACUUGAAGAGGAACAGGCGGAGCUGGAGGCCCGGAGGGGGAACCAGCGUUUCGUGUUUAAGUCACCGAACACAAGCUGUGACAUGAAAUCACAUUCAUCUGUCCUGAAAUGAGUUCAAAUCUGAGGCUGGGGGGUGGGGGGGAAUGUGUUUGUUUUUGGGGCGUGUUGUCUUUUAUACAAACUGUGACAUGAAGGGACUAAACAAUAAUUUAUCUGCAGCUCUAUAGCUUUUAAAAUUUAAGAAAUUAUUUUAAGAUAAAUAUUAAUCUACAGACAAAUGUGAUCUUUAUAUCAUGAAAGAUGAAAACAUUCUUUAUACGUUGUGAUUUGUGUUACAUGUUUUCUGCUUUUCUGUAAUUUUUUUUUUACGAGAUUUUUUUACGAGGUCUGAUGAAUGUGGUGAUUUGUUUUAUAUGCACUAUGGAGGAAUUUUUAAAUAAAACGAAUGAAGCUGUCGAGCAUCUUUUUCAAA